AUGUCGUCGUCCAUCUACGAGUCGACAGUUCCCACAACGUCAGCGUUCAACACUGCAAACUACAAUCCCCAGCUCGUCAAGGGCGUGGAGUCAGUUCUUGUGAUCGGUUCCGGAGGGCUUUCGAUCGGCCAAGCCGGUGAGUUCGACUACUCUGGUUCUCAGGCCAUCAAGGCUCUCAAAGAAGCCAACAAGAGAACCAUUCUGAUUAACCCCAACAUCGCUACAAACCAGACGUCCCAUUCGCUUGCCGACGAGAUCUACUACUUACCGGUCACUCCCGAAUAUAUCACGUAUAUUAUCGAACGCGAGAGACCAGACGCCAUUUUGUUGACUUUCGGCGGUCAGACUGCACUAAAUUGCGGUGUCGCUCUUGAUAGAAUGGGCGUUCUAACCAAAUACAACGUGAAAGUGCUCGGAACUCCAAUCAAGACUUUGGAGACCUCCGAAGACAGAGAUCUUUUCUCCCAGGCGUUGAAGGAAAUCAACAUCCCUACUGCUGAGUCGUUCGCGUGCGAGACUAUCGACGAGGCCCUCAUCGCCGCCGAGAGAGUCAACUACCCUGUCAUCGUUAGAUCUGCUUACGCCUUGGGUGGUUUGGGUUCUGGCUUUGCCAACAACGAGGCCGAAAUGAAGCAACUUGCCGCACAGGCACUUUCUUUAUCCCCACAAAUUUUGGUUGAGAAAUCGCUGAAGGGUUGGAAAGAAGUCGAAUACGAAGUUGUCCGUGACAGAGUUGACAACUGUAUCACCGUUUGCAACAUGGAAAACUUUGAUGCACUAGGUGUUCACACGGGUGAUUCUAUCGUGUUUGCUCCAUCGCAAACCCUAUCCGAUGAAGAGUACCACAUGCUGAGAACUGCUGCUAUCAAGAUCAUUAGACACUUGGGUGUUGUCGGCGAAUGUAACGUUCAAUAUGCUCUACAACCAGAUGGUUUAGAUUACAGAGUCAUCGAGGUUAACGCUCGUUUGUCUCGUUCAUCCGCUUUAGCCUCAAAAGCUACUGGCUACCCAUUGGCUUACACUGCUGCCAAGAUCGCUUUGGGUUACACUUUGCCAGAGCUACCAAACCCAGUUACCAAAACUACUGUGGCCAACUUUGAACCUUCUUUGGACUACAUAGUUGCCAAGAUUCCUCGUUGGGAUUUGGCCAAGUUUCAACAUGUCAACAGAAAUAUCGGCUCAGCAAUGAAGUCUGUGGGUGAAGUCAUGGCUAUUGGAAGAAACUUUGAGGAAGCUUUCCAAAAGGCCAUCAGGCAAAUCGAUCCAUCAUUUUUGGGUUUCCAAGGCUCCGACGAGUUUGGUGACGACUUGGAUGAAGUUCUCGCUAACCCAACUGAUAGAAGAUGGUUGGCUAUUGGUCAAGCUUUAAUUUACGAAGGCUACUCGGUAGAAAAAGUACACGAACUUUCUAAAGUCGACGCUUGGUUCUUACACAAGUGCAUGAACAUGGUUGAGAUGUACAAGGAACUUGAUGCUGUUUCUUCUUUGGAGUCCUUUGAGAAGGAACUGUUGGUGAGAGCCAAGAAGAUGGGAUUCUCUGACAAGCAGAUAGCUGUUUCCAUAAACAAGAAUUCACAAGCAAACCUUCACGAGCUAGAUGUCAGAAAGUAUAGAAAGUCUUUGGGAAUUACACCAUUCGUUAAGAAAAUCGAUACCCUGGCAGCUGAAUUCCCAGCCAACACCAACUAUUUGUACACCACGUACAAUGCUACCAAGAGUGAUGUUGAAUUCAGCGACAAGGGUAUGCUAGUGUUAGGAUCUGGUGUCUAUCGUAUUGGUUCUUCGGUGGAGUUUGAUUGGUGUGCGGUUAACACCGCGAGAGCAUUGAGAGAAUCUGGUAAGAAGACAGUUAUGAUCAACUACAACCCAGAAACCGUCUCCACUGAUUUCGACGAGGUCGACAGACUUUACUUCGAGGAAUUAUCCUUCGAAAGAGUCAUGGACAUUUACGAAUUGGAAAACUCUGAAGGGUGUAUUAUUUCCGUCGGUGGUCAACUACCUCAAAACAUCGCCUUGAAGCUGCUCGAAGAUGGUGCCAAGAUUUUGGGUACUAGCCCAGUCGACAUUGACAGGGCAGAGAACAGACACAAAUUCUCGUCUAUCCUUGAUACUAUUGGGGUUGACCAGCCUGAAUGGAGUGAACUGUCAUCUGUUGCCGAAGCCAAGGAGUUCUCGAACUCUGUGGGAUACCCAGUAUUGAUUCGCCCAUCCUAUGUGUUGUCUGGUGCCGCCAUGAGCGUAGUAAACUCCGAAGAUGAAUUAGAAACAAAACUUACGAAUGCAUCUGACGUGUCUCCCGAUCACCCAGUCGUUAUCUCCAAAUUCAUUGAAGGUGCUCAAGAAAUAGAUGUUGAUGCUGUGGCCUACGACGGUGAGGUCUUAGUACAUGCUAUUUCUGAACACGUUGAAAACGCCGGUGUUCAUUCGGGAGAUGCGACUUUGAUUUUGCCACCACAGUCGCUCAGCGAAGACAUCAAGAACAGAUUGUAUGAUAUUGCUAAGAAGGUUGCCAAAGCGUGGAAGAUCACUGGUCCUUUCAACAUGCAAAUUAUUAAGGAUGAUAGACACAAGGGUACCACUUUGAAGGUUAUUGAAUGUAACAUCAGAGCAUCCAGGUCUUUCCCAUUUGUCUCUAAGGUCUUGGGCGUCAACUUCAUUGACACCGCCGUCAAGGCCUUCAUUGGUGAAGACGUUCCUAAGCCAGUAAACUUGAUGGACCUACAAUACCCCUAUGUCGCUACUAAGGUUCCACAGUUCUCUUUCACGAGAUUGGCUGGUGCCGAUCCAUUCUUGGGCGUCGAAAUGGCUUCCACUGGUGAGGUUGCUGCAUUUGGUAAGGACGCAUUGGAAAGUUACUGGACCGCCAUGCAAAGCACCAUGAACUUCAACGUACCCUUGCCACCUAGCGGUAUCUUGUUUGGUGGUGACUUGAGCAAGGAAUUCUUAGGUCAAGUGGCUGGGCUGAUUAGUGUGCUAGGUUACAAAAUCUUCACAACAAGUGAGACCACCAGAGAAUACUUGAAGAGGUACGUUCCAGAAAACUGUCAAGUUGAUAUAAUUGAGUUCCCAAAGAACGACAAGCGUAAAUUGCGUGAGUUGUUCCAACUACACGACAUUAAGGCUGUUUUCAAUCUGGCCGCUAAGAGAGCUGAAUCCUUGGAGGAUGUAGACUACGUGAUGAGAAGAAAUGCCAUUGACUUUGCUUUGCCACUAUUUAACGAGCCCCAAACUGCCUUGCUUUUUGCUAAGGCCUUGAGCGCCAAGGUUGGCGAAAAGUUGAAGAUUUUGGAAUCCUCUGAUGUCGUUGUGCCUCCCGAAGUUCGUACGUGGCACGAAUGGAUCGGUCAAAGACCUAUGUGA